UCUAAGCUCCGCCUUCUCCUCAACUUUGUUGACUGCGGCGGAGACGCGCCAGAUCACUCGCAGCAUCUUUCUAAAGGACGUGACUAGACUGAACGGAUAGAGAAUGGAUGCAAACGUCGUGGUACUCGGCACAGACAAUGUUGGAAAAUCUGCACUUAUUGUCCGAUUCCUGACUCGUAGAUUCAUCGGGGAAUAUGGGGAUAUUGAGUCCCUUUACACUCACAAUGUUGUUGUGGAUGGACGAGAGCAAACUCUGAAUAUAUGGGAUGCGCCAUAUUCACAGCAGGACCUGUCCUCCGAGUCCUUGAUGUGUGAGAAGAGAGUCCAGUGGGCAGAUGGCUUUGUGCUGGUCUACAGCAUCUGUGACCGGUCCAGUUUCAACGCGGUCUCCAGACUCAUUCAAAUAAUAAAAACCACUAGGGACUUUCUGGGCUUUGAGAAGAUGCCCAUUGUUAUUGUGGGAAACAAGAGGGACCUGCACCAUCGCCGUACGGUCCUCAGCGAAGAGGGCAGGCUGCUUGCGCUGUCUGCAGACUGUCAGUUUUAUGAGGUUUCAGCUGCUGAGAACUACCACAGUGUCCUCAUGGUUUUCCAUGGGCUGGUGGAUCGAAUCAGGGAGUCCAGAGUGUCUGUGAAAAAGUUAGCAGGCAUCAAGGGCAUUGUGAAGAGCAUGUCUGCAGUGUUCGCCCGCAGGCGAACAGAUUCGCUGUGAAGCUGAUGGGAGCUCUGGAAAUAAAGCUUAUGUGGUCUGAUAUGACCUAUUUUAGCUUCAUUGAGAGGGAUGAGCCAUUGCUGUGGCUUGUAUGAGAGUUUGGGAUUGCUCAUGUGACUACAGCUGGAUCUUCCGCAGGGGCAACUAAGAGACUGCCCUAGUAUGUCUGCUAAGGUGAUGGCUUCCAUUGAGAACAUGUUGAAAUCGGAGAGUUCUCAAUAAAAUGCUUAAGAUGCUUUGUGGCAGCAGAUUAUAUCAAUCAUAAGUGGAGUUAAUAUUCCAUUGUAUGAAGAUAAAUAUGUAAUUUAACCUCCUCUACUUACUUUAAAAGUAGUAGUUCAGCCAAAAAUGAAAAUUUGCUGAAAAUGUACUCAAACUCAGGCCAUUCAAGAUGUAGAAGAGUUUGUUUCGUCUGAACAAAUUUGAAAAAAUUUAGUGUUACAUAAUUUGUUUACCAAUGGAUCCUCUGCAGUGAAUGGGUGCCGUCAGAAUGAGAGUCCAAACAGCUGAUAAAAACACCACAAUAAUCCACACAAACAACUGUUUUUGCUUCUAAACAUUACUUGAUCUGUGCAUAUUUCUCUCGAAUCAGAUGAGAGGACUUUUAAACUGGAGAAAACAAUAUUAUGGAUAGAGGACUUGUAUUUCAGCCAGAAGGAUUGGUUUGACAUUAAAAUUUCUUCAUGCAUUUGUUAUUACAAACUCGCAGCAUUUUGCUUCACACGAUGUGAAUUGAUGGCUGCAUUCAUGUUGAUUACUUGUGGAUUAUUGUCAUGUUUUUAUCAGCUGUUCUGACGGCACCCAUUCA